AUCACCUCCUCUUUUAUAGCUCUAUUUCUAUAUCAAUAUAAUUAUACAUACAUAUAUCUAUCUCUCAUAAACAGACACACAGAUAUAUAUUACUCUCUCUCUAGAGAUAUAUAUCUAGAGAGAGAGAGGGCAACUGGUGGUGCAUUAAUUUUAAUCCUUUUUCGGAUCACUCAACAAACACACCUCCAUACCUGUUUUAUCAACUUUCAUGUCCCAUCUCACUUGUUGCUAACAUGCGCCGCUACCUCUGGUUUUCUUGACAUAUUUCAUUCCAGAAAAUACCCUCUUGAAGAAUCUAUAAAAAGGGUACGAAACUAGAAUACCGGUUUUGGAAAGUAUCUAUGAAACAGACCAUGUUCGAACACAAGAUCAUAUUCAAGAACCAGGUGCACGAGCUUCAUCGGUUGUAUGAAGUACAGAAGUCGAUGAUGAAGAGUGAUUCGAGGUAUACAAGGCGUGAACUUUUUCCCAUGAAAAGAAAUUUUACAGAAAGACAUCGGGUGGAAUCCACACGAUCCAUAUUACACGAGUCUUUUCUACAAAAAAAUCAAGACGUCUGCUCAAGAUAUCAGCAAAGAUCUCUUGAUCUUAGACUUGCAAUUGGUAACUCCUGUAAUGUUGAUGAUCUGGAUCAUGAGGAGGUUGAUCUUUCUUUGAGUAUCGGAGGGAGUAUCAAUAAAAGAAGUAAAAUUUCUGAAAAAUCAUGGAAGAACAAGGUGGUGUAUCCAUCGUCACCAAUUAUAAUUGAUCUAGAGGAUUCUACUGGAUCGGGAUCAAAUGAGAUUGUGAAAAAUUCUCCAAAUUUGCAUCAAGGUCAUUUGAAGAUGAAUGGUGACAUGCAAGAGGAAUGCAACUUCUUCCAUUCAGAAUCCAACAGUCGACAUGAUGACAAACGGACAGUAUUAAUGGAUUUUGAUCUCAACAAAGAGCAACCUGAUGAAUCUUCUUUUCACUCAAACGAACCAUUAGGACCUUAUCCUUCUUCUGAUGGCUCAUGUGACGAAUCUUGCAGUCAAAUUACCACUACUCAAACUCCUACAUCAAAACGACCGAAAGAUGCUGAAUCCUGCAGUCAAAUUCCCACUACUCAAACUCCUAUAUCAAAACAACCGAAAGAUGGUGAAUCUUGCAGUCAAAUUCCCACUACUCAAACUCCUAUAUCAAAACAACCGAAAGAUGGUGAAUCUUGCAGUCAAAUAACCACUUCUCAGAUUCCUAAGUCAAAGGAACCAAAAGGUCAAACUAGUACAAAAGAUAGUCAAACUAAGACCUACACCAUAGAUCUCGAGUCCCUUCCCGAGUCGUCAUCUGAUCUUACUGAAGAAAAAGAACUUAUCGAAGAAAAGGAAGAUUGUGAUUAUAUAAUACAAGAUGCAGCACUCUCACUCGUCUCUAUCUCGCAACAGCUAACUUCAACUAGCAAUCAAGUUUCUGAAACCAAAUCAGGGUCAAAUGACACUGAAACGGUCAAAGAGAACAAGAAAAAACCAAUCAAACGAACAUCUUCUAUAGAUUCUUACGAGUCACUUGUGCUGAAGCAAGGAGACAGCAGCAUAGAUGAGGAUUCUGCAACAUCAAAAGCGUUUGAAAUAUACGAAAUGGGUCAAAAGGUAAAUGGUAUCAAGUUGAGAAGAGGAAGGAGAAUGAAAGAUUUUCAGAAAGAAAUACUUCCCACAUUGUCAUCACUCUCAAAAGAUGAAAUUUGGGAAGAUAUUAAGAUUUUGGACGGCGCGAUAAGGUCAAGAGAAUACAAACGGCUGAAUAAAGCAAAAUCAGGCAAAGGGGAAAAUUGGUUUACACCUGUGAAAAACAAACGGUCAAAAGUUCAGUAUGUUAGUCCGAAGAAAAAGAGAUAGUUAUGAAGUAGAAGCAGAUGAAGAUUGAUUCUUGUGGUAGUUAUUGGAUUUCUAGUUUUUCUUCUUGAUUAUUAUCCUAGGUUUUUUAGUUUCUGUUGUCCUGAAAUUCUAACAUUAACGAUGAUUAUGUGUUUGAGGUGUUUCGUUCAAUGUUUAUUGAUGAUU